AUGAGUUCUCUGAUGGGUUUCAGAAACAAUGGUGGCGAUGGUGAACGGAGGGAAGAGAAGAAGCCUGCAGCCCAUGCAAGCUCAAGGAAAGGCUGCAUGAAAGGCAAAGGAGGUCCUGAGAACGCUUUUUGCACUUACAAAGGUGUUCGGCAGCGGACCUGGGGCCGGUGGGUUUCAGAAAUCCGUGAACCCAACCGUGGCAGCCGUCUCUGGUUGGGAACUUUCAGCUCCGCCCGUGAAGCCGCCAUAGCCUACGACACUGCCGCCCGGAGACUGUUUGGUGCUGAUGCUCAUCUCAACCUUCCUGAUGAGGCUCCGCCAUCACCAUCGCGAUCCACUGCUACCCGGAGAGCCGCUGAGUUGGCUGCCGCCGCUGUGGAAGCCGAAUACAAUAGUGUCCUCUUGGAGAUGAAAAUGAAGAAAAAAUUCGAGAAGCAAAUAAAAAUGCAGAUGUACAUGCUGAUGUUGCACCACCAACAGCAGAUGAAGAUGAAGAUUCAGAUGGAGAUGGAGAUGCAGAUGCAGAUGGAAGCUCAAGGUGGGAUCCCUGGAAACGUUAUGGAGUCCGAAUCACCUUUCAAGAAAUUGAACUCUAUGUUGCCGGAGUUUGAUGACUCGGCCAUGUGGGAGGAAGCAGCUUCCACCAUGGAUUAUCAUUCUCAGGCGAUUUGUGAUCCAGGAAUUGCGGCUUAUACCUUUAAUGAUGCGAUCGGGAUUGAGCUAAAACACCCACUGCUGGAGUGA